AGUCUGCACACCAACAUCGCCCGAUCAAAGCGAAUGCGUUCAACCCCCAGCAACUGAAAAACCGCCCUGCGAUCCUAGUAAAGACCCGCAAUGUGCCGAAGUACCAUCGGAACCUACUGAACCAGGAUUGGUCACCAAAGCGCCCGAGGAAUCCAAGCAACCAUCACCGAAAGAACCGACGGAACCGGGACUUGAAACUGAGGCUCCUAGUCCUAAACAAGAGUCUCCGGCAACAUUGGAAAGCAGAUUUAAGGAAGAAACCAGUGCACCUCCAGACACUGAUAAGGAACCUGUUACACAACCUGGACCAGAAAGUCUCAACUUUAAACAAUGCAUCACGAAGUACAAAUUCGGCAUCUUCCCCAAUCCAUCUGAUCCAACGCAGUUCUACAUCUGUACCAAGACCGUUCCACGAUUGAUGACAUGUCCUAAAGGGCUGGAAUUUGACCAGAGCUCCUUUGGAUGCAACAGGCCUAAACCUACACCUCCACCACCACCACCAGAGUUGACCCUGAAGGAAUGCAUAACCAAAUAUAGAAAAGGUCUGUUCCCCAAUCCGUCCGAUUGCAGUAAAUUCUACGCCUGUUCCAAAUCGGGACCUCUGGAACUCCAGUGUCCUUUGGGACUGAACUUCCACCCCAUGAAGAUGGUGUGCGAUUGGCCUUCGAAGUAUUGUAUCAGUCCUGGAGCCAAAACAAGGGACAAGAUUUUCAAAACCAUGAAAGGCGACAAAAUAGUUCCAGACGUUGUAGACAGAUGCCCGGAAAAACUCGCAGAAGUCGCUUUCCCCAGCGGUGGUCAAGUUGACCUCGGCAAAGAGCUCACACCUUCCCAAACCAAGAACCCACCCAGCAUCUACUGGGAAGCCGACAAGAACUCCCUCUACACCCUGUGCAUGAUGGACCCGGACGCACCCAAAUCCAAAGAAUCGGGACCCGGAGGCUGGAACCACUGGCUCGUGGGGAAUAUUCCCGGGAAUAACAUACGUCAAGGUCAGACUCUGGCAGAGUACAUGCCAACGUGUCCACAGAAAGGCAGUGGACCCCACAGAUACACCUACAUGAUCUACAAACAGAACAGACAGAUUAAUUUCAAUCAACCUCGUAUACCUGCUUAUUCUCUGCCGGCUAGGCAAGGAUUUUCGAUGAGAAACUUUGCAAAGCAGUAUAGUUUGGGACACCCGAUAGCUGGGAAUUAUUUUAAGUGUAAUUGGGAUCCUUCGGUUCCGAAGACUUUCGAGAAACUUCGGUACCAGCCGCCUAUGAUGAGUAGUUUUAGAUUGGGGAAUACUGGGCAAUCGUUCCAUAAUUCGUAUUCGUAUUCGUACAGUUUUGGAGGGUAAGUUUUUUUUUUUUAUACUAAUAAUAAAUA